AUCCCCGGCUCAGUCAGGUCCGAGCCGGUGUCGCGUUUAGUUCACGAUUUUUUCCCGCGCGAUCGUACGUUUUAAUUGCGGCCCUACGCCCCACGGAGCUUAUUGGAUCAGGAGUAGUAAACGCAGUGGAGCUGUAACGAAUCACAACAAAAGCGGCCAGCUAUUUAACAUCAUGCGGCGGACCGGUUUGCUUGGCGGAGGCGCAGGGGCGGCGAGGCUUUGGGCCAGUUGUUGGUGCCUCAGUUUGGCAUUGUUGUCAUUUUCGGCGCUGGCCACGGCACAGUUUAGCGACGAAGACGACGGCUUCGAUUUGGACGACACAAAGACAAUGCGCGCUAACCUCGACGGAGCGGAGACCGAAGGCAACGGCGACAAUCACAACAACAGCAGCAUGCGAUGCUGGAGCUGCGUGGCAAAGCACCGCUCGUGGUCCGACUGCCAAAACAUGGACGAGAUACAGUACUGCGAGAACCCGGAUGCGACCACCUGUAUGAAGAGCUCGAUUCGGAUCGAGGGCCUGCUGGGGCGGGAAACCCGGUACCAUCGGUUGGCCGGGUGCGGCCAGAACGAAACUGCCCUCCGCGAGGCGUACUUCGAAUUUUUCGAGAUAACCUUCGGCGAGAGCGAUCGGGUCACGCUGGAGGAGUUCACCACCUGCGAGGGGCCGUUGUGCAACGUGAUGGAUGAGGCCGCCCUGCUUCGUGGCAAGUGGCGCGUGGUGCACGGCAAUGUGCUGAUGGGCGCCGGAGGAAGAGCAGCGGGAUCGGCGGUCACGCUACUGAUGGGCGUUGUGUUAGCAAUAGGUUCACGCAUGUAAUGUGUUCGGCAAUAAAUCAGCGGUACAAUUUCUA